GCCCGCAUGGAAGCAGGGCGGCCUCAGGGCCCAGAUGGCCUCUUUCCCCCCUCGGUUGAAGAAGGAAGCAAAGCUGCAGCGGUGGACAAGUUACUGGCGGGAGACGAGAUCGUGGGCAUCAAUGACAUCGGCCUCUCGGGCUUCAGACAGGAAGCGAUUUGCCUGGUGAAGGGGUCCCAUAAGACCCUGAAGCUGGUGGUAAAAAGGAGGAACGAGCUGAGCUGGAGGCCCCACUCCUGGCACGCCACCAAGUUCUCCGACAGCCACCCCGAGACGCCCACCUGCCAGCUGUCCUCCGCCGGCGCCUGCCCGUCCUGGCACGGCCGACACCACGCCAGCGCCUCCUCCCAGGACCUGUCAGGUGUGUGGGAGCCGACGAGCCUGCAGCGCACCUCGGACCACUUCAGCUCUCUGGGCAGCGUGGACAGCCUGGACCAGCCCUCCCAGCCCUCGCCCUCCGGCCCUCGGCCCCAGGACAGGGCCCGCACCACCUCCUUUGGAGAAAACGCCGACGGUCCCAGGAAAGCAGGAAGGACGGGGAAAUUGGAACCGCCCCAGAGGCUCGGGACCUUUGCAGAGUAUUAAGCCUCUUGGAGGAAACAGAGCAAAGGCCCGGAAGCCAGGGGCUCGGGGAGGUACCACUCGGCUGACGACAUCCUGGACGUGGGCCUGGACCAACAGGAGAGGCUGCAGUAUGUUCACGAGAGGUCACGGUCAUCGCCCUCCACAGACCUCUACAAACAGGAGGCGCCCAUCGAGCCGAGGCGACAAGCGGAGGACCCUGGCGAGCACAGAGAACAUCCCUCCACAGUCCCGGCCGAGGAUGGGGGUCCUGCCCCGAGACAAGCAGAUGCCCAGUGUCCGGAAGACGGUCCAGGAGCACAUCGGGGCCUGCGGCACCCGGCCCAGGGGUCUGAGGCCUUGGCGGAGAAGCCGAGCGGUGCCCAGCCCGCAGACGGCCCCAAGGCCCCCGGGGAGCAGGACAGGCGGCGUGUAGAUGAGCACCCAGCCUGUCCGAAGCAAGAAGCCCUGCUCCCUUCCAAGUUCCGGCCCCUGCAGACAUCCGCCAUGGAGACCUCGCGCUCCCCUUCUCCUCAGUUCGCCCCCCAGAAGCUGACGGACAAGCCCCCCCUGCUCAUCCAGGACGACAGCUCAACAAGCUACGGGAAGGCCAGGGAGAGGACCGCCGAGGACCUGAAGUCGGAGGAGCUGGCACGGGAGAUCGUGUGCAAGGACAGGUCCCUGGCGGACAUCCUGGACCCCAGCGUGAAGGUCAGGACCACCAUGGACCUGAUGGAGGGCAUCUUCCCCAAGGACCAGCAGCUCCUGGAGGAAGCGCAGCAGCGCCGGAAGCUGCUGCCCAAGGUCCCUUCUCCCAGGGCCGCGGAGGACAAGAGAGAGGAGCCCAGCGCGCCUUCAGCCGUGUCCCUGGCCACCAAUUCCGCGUACUACAGCACAUCGGCCCCCAAGGCGGAGCUGCUGAUUAAGAUGAAGGACCUGCAGGAGCAGCAGGAGCCCAAGGAGGACUCGGGGAGUGACCUGGACCACGACCUAUCUGUGAAGAAGGNGCUCAUCGACAGCAUCGGCCGCAAGCUGCAGGUGCUGCGGGGCGCGCGGGAGAGCCUGCUGGAGGACAUCCAGGCCAACAGCGCCCUUGGGGACGAGGUGGAGGCCAUCGUCAAGGACGUGUGCAAGCCGAACGAGUUCGACAAGUUCCGCAUGUUCAUCGGGGACCUGGACAAGGUGGUGAACCUCCUGCUGUCCCUGUCGGGGCGUCUGGCCCGCGUGGAAAAUGCCCUCAACAACUUGGACGACAGCGCUUCUCCUGGCGAUCGGCAAUCACUGCUUGAGAAGCAGCGGGUCCUCGUUCAGCAGCACGAGGACGCCAAGGAGCUCAAGGAGAACCUGGACCGCCGGGAGCGCGUGGUGUUCGACAUCCUGGCCAGCUACCUGAGCGACGAGAGCCUGGCCGACUACGAGUACUUCGUCAAGAUGAAGUCGGCCCUCAUCAUCGAGCAGCGGGAGCUGGAGGACAAGAUCCACCUGGGCGAGGAGCAGCUCAAGUGCCUGGUGGACAGCCUGCAGCCCGAGAGGAGCAAAUGAGCGGCCUCCUGGGGGCGGAGCCGGCCUGCGCACCGCCCCGGGCAGUGGACCCCAGCCUGGAUGGAUGUCCCGUACAUGCCCUGAAGGCCCAUUCCGUUUCCUAAGAGCCCGCCUCCGGACUUCCGGGGGUCCUUCUGCAACUUUGCCACAGAGUUGACGGAUCCCGGGCCCUUUUUAUUGGUUGACAUUGCAAGAUUCUGAAGAGUCUAUUCACUUAAAAAACAAACACUGUCACGGUGUCAAUUUGCAGUUGACAAGUCAGGCUGGGAGAAAUGGUUUGCAAAUCACAUAUGUGACAAAGGAAUCAUCUCCAGAAUAUAUAAAGAACUCUGUACAAUGCAACCGCAAGAAAACCAACAGCCCAGCUGGGGGGGCAAAAGAUUUCACCAAAGAGGACAUAUGCGUGGCAAGUAAGCGUAGGAGAAAGAUGGUCAACCGCCAAUGGCUGGGUGGUAACUUAUUUUUACCUAAAUCACUGUGGAGCCAGAAUGUUUCUUCUCAGAUGCUCAGCUGAUGCAGCGCGUGCUUACUGGUGGGGAACCCCUUGGAUGAGUUCAUGUCAGGGUAGCGUGGGCACUUGUUGGAUGGAGGGGUUAUUUGAAUCCCGUUUCCCCUUAUUCCCUAUAAUAGAAGUUUUCCAGCGGGUGGGGAGACCUCUCUGUCAGCAGUGACUGCCACCUAACCAAACCACACACCCACCAGUGUCUUAGGACCACGGUCCAUGCUUCCUGAGCCGGAGGCGGCUAGCCAGGCUCCCGGGCCGCGGUGAAGGGUCCGCACGGGCCAGCUUCAGGCGCGCAGGCGUCACCGCUCUUUUUGGCCACUUUCCAGGCGUGUUCACUGCUGUUAGUUAAGCUGUGACGUGGGAAUCCUAGCACUUGCGGUGAAAAGUCACGUCGGAGGAGGUCCAGCUGGCUGCUCGCGGACCCCCGUGGUCCUCCCUCGGGGGGACCACAGCCAUUCCGUGUGUUUGCUUUUUAAUUUAGACAAAGCUUUUACCUGUGAUGCUUGCCCCUCCGAUACAGUGUUGUGGCCGUUGUGAUGCUAUGUAUGUAAAUGUGAAUCUAGAAAGUGUUGUGUCUGUGCCGGCCUUUUGAUGUCUUUGAGGACUUCCUUCUCUGUGGGAAUAUGUAGUGCAAUUCCCCUUUUAGCGAAGCCCCUGUGCCCACACCGUCCUGUCCAGUCCCCGCCUGCCUCCUCAGUGUCUGCUUGGCGGGACCCAAAGAUCCAGGCGUCCGUGUACAUACCUUUGUAUAUAGUGACAUCCGUGCAGAUCAUAACAGUCUGGUGCUAACGUCUGCCCUCUGCGCGGGUGGGGGCUGUCCCGGACGCUCUGGGAAGCUCAGCCGUGGAAUCCCCUGAAUCUCGCGACUUCAGCCAGGCCAUCGCCUGCAGUUCACUGUGGAAAUGUGUGCGGAUUCAUGCUCGAUGCUGACCACUUACCUCUCAACAGAUCAUCCUGCCUGACUUUGAUGAAAUAAAAUAGUGUCUUUGAGUGCAUGGA